GAAUCUCUUGAGAUACUAUUGGUGCAAGGAGCCGUGUUUAGAAAAAAGCCUCGCCCCCUAAAACGCACAGAUCGAAUGGAAAGUUGUUUUUGCUUUAAGUUGUUUUUUUGCACUCGUUGUGCUCAAUAAAAAGCCUGUGAUCUAAGAUGCUAACUGCAGUUUGAAGAAGACCCCUGUUCGCGCUGAAUGCGCAAAAAAUAGCGCUUUUUUAAGUUUAUGAAGCAUCAACAGACAGGAUGAGUUUGUUUCAGUUGGAGGAUUUUUUAGCAGGAUUGACAGGAGGUGCCUCCAGUGUGAUUGUAGGACAUCCACUUGACACUGUGAAGACACGCUUACAAGCCGGAAAAGGCUACAAGAAUGCCUUCCACUGUAUUGUAACCAUCUACAAAAAGGAAACUCUUACUGGUUUUUUCAAAGGCCUGUCCUUCCCACUAGCAAGCAUCACAGUGUAUAAUUCAAUGGUUUUUGGCUUCUUCAGCAAUGCUCAAAGAUUUAUUAGCGAUCUUCGUUAUGGUGACAGAAGGCACCAGUGCAAUAUGCUUGACCUUACUGUGGCCAGCAUGAUGACAGGUCUGGUAUCAGUGAGCCUUGGGGCCCCAGUGGACCUGGUCAAAAUCAGGCUGCAAAUGCAAACUCAACCCAUCCUCACACAAAACUUCACUCUUGCUGGCAAUGGCAGUGUCCCUCUUCGAUCAGUGGGGCUCCAGAAUCAGCGUACAGAGUGUACAGUAUACAGAGGACCUCUUCACUGCAUCAGCAACAUCUUGCAGACAGAGGGAAUCCAAGGGCUCUACAGAGGAGCAGGAGCCAUGAUACUCCGUGAUGUGCCUGGUUAUGCCCUUUACUUUAUCCCAUACACACUCCUCUGUGGCUGGAUGAACCCGAACAGUAGCGGUUCCCCUCACCCCUGCUCCAUAUGGCUCGCUGGUGGUUUAGCAGGAUCUAUCUCCUGGGUCACAGCAACGCCAGCUGAUGUGGUUAAGAGUCGACUGCAAGCUGACACAAUACACCACAGAAAAUAUAAAGGAAUCGCUCAUUGCAUCAUACAAAGUUACAAGACAGAGGGAAUACAUGUAUUCUUCCGUGGUGCAUCAGUAAGUGCAAUCAGAGGAUUUCCAAUGAGUGCUACUAUGUUCCUGGUUUACGAAUUGUCUCUCAAGUUUUUUCAAAGCCUGUGAUAAGUGUCCAAACACAGCAACUGACUUUUUUAACAUGGAACACUUUUAAUGAUGAGAGAGUUUUUGGUCCAAGAUCUCACUGUGUACCAGUAUUAAGUUUAAUGGACUGAAUGUGGGUUAACUGGUUGUUGGUACUUUUCUUUGGUAUCAAUAACGUUUUUACUUACUUCUUAUAUUAAGAAAAAUGAAGGAUAUGAAUAACAUGAUUUUACAAAUCUCAAAGUUUUUAUCAGCGCAUUCUAAUAUAUGUAUAUUUAAUAAUUUUUUAUUUUGCUUUUGUUAACACGCUUUCUCUAUAAACAUAAAAUGGAUAACAUAAUAUCUUGGAAAAAGUGGGUAGUAUAUUGUGUCUUUAGAUGCUGUAUUUGGAUGGGCUUUUUGUUUGUUUGUUUGUUUUUCAUUUUAAUUCAAUUCAGGUUAUUUUUUGUAUAGCGAUUUUAACAAUGGACAUUGUCCCAAAGCAGCUUAACAGAAAUAUAUAAAUUCAGGAUAUAGAUUUUAACUGUAUGAAUUUAUCCCUAAUGAGCAAGCCAGAGGCAACAGUGGCAAACAGUCUCCCUGAGACGAUAUGAGGAAGAAAACUUGACCAGACUCAAAAGGGAACCCAUCCUCAUCUGGGUGACAACAGAUAGUGCGAUUAUAAAUAAAUACCUUCUAUAAAUGUGCUAAUACUACAUGGUGAAAUAGUGCAGUUGUGUAACCAGGAAAAUACAUUACAGUUUUUACAUGAAGUCUGUUUUAUUGAACUUAUCCACUGUUCACUGAUGGAGACUUGAGUGCAAAACUGUAUGAGGCAAUUGCAAAGAUAUAAUAGCAAUUGUAGUCUUAGCCAUCAUAGCAUAAUUUUUAAAUGGUACCAUCCUCAGUAAUCUCAACGAUCUUUAGGCUGCUCUAUGCUAUGCAGCAGCAUGUGACUUCCAGUUGAUGAGAACUCCAACCAGAAGUAGGGCAUGAGGAUGGACCAGGCUGGUCUGGAGAGCAGUAGGGUCAGGAUCGCUGGUAUCUCAGGAGUAUCAUGUGUAGCUCGACAGAAAGAAAGAGAGGGAGAGAUUAUUAGGUAUGCUUAUUGUCCCGUAAUGGUUAAGGACAAUGUACUUUGUGUGAGUACAAGCAGGGACUCUGACAAGACUAGCUAUGAUGGCAGAACUAAAAGGGAGAGCCAGAAGGUAACACAGACAUAAGAGUACCCUAGGACAUAAGGCAGCUAACCACUCCACCAUCAACAAACCUGGGUGAACACGUGAAAGUGGGGGGCGACAGCAUCCAAACAUCCCAGUUCACUACAACACUCUAUGCCUGUUAGCCCUCUAAAUCUGCUCCUUUACCUAAGGAAAAACUAUUCACAAAAAGCUUGACUAAUCAAAUAUGUUUUCAGCCUGGACUUAAACACUGAGACUGUGUCUGAGUCCUGAACACUAAUUGGAAGGCUGUUCCAUAACUGUGGUGCUUUGUGAGAAAAAACUCUUCCCCCUGCUGUAGCCUUCACUAUUCAGCAAAUAGCCUGCACCUUUCGAUCGAAGUGGGUGUGGCAGAUCAUAAAAGACCAAAAGUUUGCUCAGGUACUGUGGCGCAACACCAUUCAGUGCUUUAUAGGUCAAUAGUAGUAUUUUAUAAUCAAUGCGAAAUUUUACUGGGAGACAAUGCAGCGUGGAUAAGAUAGGGGUGAUGUGGUCAUAUCUUCUGGUUCUAUUAAGGACUCUUGCAGCUGCAUUCUGGAAGCUAAUUCCAUGUUUACUAAUAAUUUGACCCAGAGGUAGCAUAUAUAAAAACUGUGAAAAAAGAAAAAAUCAGUGGGUCAAAAACAGAACCUUGCUGAACACCAAACUUUACCUUAGUAUGCAUAGAGAGGUAAGGAAAGAAUUUAUUAUUUUUAGAAGGGGGUUAAUUACUACUGGAAUAAUCUGUUUGAGAAACAUGUAAGUAAGGGAUCUAGUUUACAAGUUGAUGAUUUUGAUGAAAUUAAUCAAAUAUUCAGUCUCUUGAAGGGGAGUAAAACAUUCUAAUCGUUGAUCUGAUAUUGUUAUAUUAUUAUCUACAGGGUUAGUUAUAAGGCUGUCUGGUUUUAAAUUAAUAUUCUGACUGUUUUGUCUAAUAUUUUCAAUUUUGCCAAUGAAAAAAAUUCAUGAAAUCAUCGCUGCUAUACAAUGAUUGUGUACAUGUUUCUGUGGUGGUUUUAUUCCUAGUUAAUUUUGCCACAGUAUUAAAUAAGAAUCUAGGGUUAUUUUUGUUAUCUUCAAUUAGGGUGAAGAGAUGGACUGACCUAGCAGCACUGGGAGAUUUUCUAUAAUUCAGGAGGCUCUCCUUUCGUGCUGUUUGAAAUACUACCAAUUUGGUUUGAUGCCAUUUACGUUCUAAUUUUCGAGUGGUCUAUAUUAAGGUGUGUGUGAUCGUUAUACCAGGGUGCUAGCUUUUCUUUUAAGUGAAGCUACCUUAUCUAGUGUGUAGCGGAAAGUUGACUCUAAACAUUCAGUUGCAUGAUCAAGUUCUUUGAGAUAAUUAUCUGAGAUAGCUUCAGACUGCGUAAAUGUGACUAUAUUUUCUAUAUUUAAUCCAUAUGUUAGUAUUAGGUACAGAGUGUGACCACCAUUAUGAGUGGGUCCUAUUACAUUCUGACUGACCCUUACUGAAUCUAGAAUGGACACAAACGCUGUUCUCAGAGGGUCUUCUGGGUUAUCAAAAUUAAUAUUAAAGUUACCAAUAAUUAGUGCUUUGUCUAGAGAAACAACCAGGUUCAAGAUGAAAUCUGCAAAUUCACCAAGGAAUUCAGAAUAUGGCCCUAAGAGUCUGUAAAUAAUAAUUAGCGGAAUUGACUUGGUAAACUUAUUUUUUGCAGCUACAUGUGUUAUGUUAGGGUUAGGGUUUAAAGAACUUCAAAAGAGUUUAAUUUAUGACUACGUUUUUGUGUGACGCCUAGAUUAUCAUUAUAAAUGAGUGUGACACCUCCUCCUCUGCCAGUUAUACAGAGCUGAUAUAUAUAUAACUGUAUCCAGGAGGACUGACUUCAUUUAGUGCUGUGUACUCAUUUGGUUUAAUCCAUAUUUCUGUUAAACACAUUAUAUAAAACUUCUGAUCAGUAAUGGUUUCAUUAACAAUAAGUGCUUUAGACAUAAGAGAUCUAAUAUUUAACAGUCCUAGCUUCAGACCUAAAUUCAUUAUGAUCUAACUUUAUGUUAAUUAGGUUACUAAAACAAACUUUCUGAAAAUUUCAAAAUUUUUGUUUAGAUCGGGGAAAAGACACAGUCUCAAUAUUGUGGAACCUAGGUGAUGACUCAGUGCAGCUAGCAGACAGUCGGUUUAGCCUGCUUGUCUGCACCCUGGCCUUGGCUCUGGAUUGUCAACGAUUAACUAGGCCUGUUCUGAGACUGUGCUAUGCUGCAAGAAAUGAUAGCAGCACCUUCCCAAGUGGGAUAUAUACCGUCCUGCCCUAAUAGGCCAGCCUUGCCCUCAUUAUGUCGUGGAAAACAAUUUUUCCAGCCUAAGUCAAAAACUUCAGAGACAGAGAGUUAGUAGAUGUCAAAAAGUAAAUAAACUUUAUUGAAACAAUAAAGUGAGACAGUCUGCAGAAAGUCUAAAUUAUGCAAACACACACAGCCCUUUAUAUACCUUUUUCCACAGCGAACUCAUCUUAGACAGGUUUUUGCCUUUCCUCAUUAAAAACAGACCAAUCUUCUUCACCACAAUUAAUUAUUCAUGUCUUUAUGUUAUCUUAAAUUUGUGGGGUAUGCGCAGUUAGUUAUUUUUCUUGAAAAGGUUUUAUGAGGACAAUGUUUCUUUUUAAAAAAGAUUUCACUCAGUCAGAGUCUUUUUUUUUUUUUUGCUUGUUUGUUUCUCCCUGACCUUGACCAAUACUCCCUUCUUAGGCCUUAUCCUAACUUAAUUGGUAUCUGGCCUCAAAGUUAUUUGCUUCUGUGGAGGAAGAUACAGGCUGGUACAGAAAAAAACAGUUAUUGUACAGUAAGACAAAGAAUUCAUCUAACUCAAUACACACUUAGAAUAUAGCUUGAUCAAACACUGUUCUGUAGGUUUAGAUUAUGCUUUUAAAUAUUGAUUAUACACAUAGAUUAUGCUUGUUAAGUAAUAUUGAUUAUUGAAUUAUGCUUAAGUAAUCAUUCUAAAUGUUGGUUAUACAUAUUGAAUGCACUUCAUUAACAUAACCAAAUGUUAGUUACACAUAUUGAAUACACUUCAUAAAUAUUUUCUAUAAAAAUUACUCCAAUUAUCUAUAAAGUCCAUAUUUUACCAUAUUAUAAUUGUAUUCAUUAAAUACAAAAUAGCAAACUUCUAACCAGAGACAUUAAUAUUGAUAUUUUCGAUAUGAUUUUAUGAAUUUAGCAAACUCAAGUCCAUAAAAAGUACAAAUACAAGUGAACCAGUGUCACUGAUUUAUGUAUAACAAGCUUCAACAACAUCUGAAAGUGGGUUAGUGGUUUAAUGCUUCGACAGAAAUGGCUGCAAUAAGAUUUCACUUAAACAACCCUCCAAAAAAUAAACAAAUAAAUAAAUAAAUAAAUAAUGGUCAGCAAAAGUUUGUAAAACAUUAGAUCUUUAGCUAGUUACUUUAGUUAGCUAGCUAGAUAACCUUACUUCAUCUGAAUGCCAAUUUCUAUGCAAAUGGAUUCCCCACACACAAAAUAGCACCUUAAUUUUAUUUUGUUUUGUUUUUCCAUAUAUGUUAAAAUUAGUAUAACACCAUGGACAUUGAGCGUAUUUAAAUAAAUUAUGCUGCAACAUACCUGAGGUAAUUUCACUGAAGUCUGUGUUUAUCCUGCACUGCCUCACCACCCCUCACACAUACUCUGCCCCCCUCACACAUACUCUGCCCCUAUACAGCCACUCUCACUAUGUUAUGCCUGUGAUUUUUGCUUCACGUUUUCAUUUAAGCAAAGGUUACUCAAAGCUGAGGAUCUGACUUACUCUCAUCAACAUAUGUGGCAUGAUUAUUUGGCAGCUUCAAUAAAUAAAAACAUAACUACCAUAAUUAGUAAACUUGUUCACCAUCUUUUUGUCUUUUUGAUGUUUAGUUGUACAAUAAGUUGUUCUAUCUGCACAAAUAAACUAAAUGCACCAAUAUCCUU